AUGGUGAGCAAAAAGCCAAGAAUAGUCAUAAUCGGCGCCGGCGUCGCUGGGCUCACAGCAGCAAGCAAGCUCCAUGCCUUCCCCAACUCGAGGCAGCUCUUCGAACUCACGGUGGUUGAGGGCGGCGACCGGAUUGGCGGCCGGGUCAGCACGGCGUCGUUCUGCGGCGACCGGAUCGAGCAGGGCGCCACCUGGAUCCACGGCAUCGACGGCAGCCCCGUCUAUGAUAUCGCCCGCCAAACCAACUCUCUUCACUCCGACCAGCCAUGGGAAUGCAUGGACGGCCCAACCCACACCCCCCUUACCGCCGCCGAGGGCGGCCACAUCGUGGGCCCCUCCUUCGUCCAACCCAUCUCCGACCUCUUCGAAGAUCUCAUGGAUUUCGUCCAGGGUAAGCCGGCCUCUGGCGGUGCCGCUGUCCGCGGCGACGAGGUGCUGAAGCACUGUGUCGCCGCCUCCGGCGGCGGCAGCCUGAGCGUCGGUGCUUUCCUGCAAAAGGGGCUCGAGGUCUACUGGGCGGCCGACGGCCACGGCGACAAAGACCGGCUAGUCGGAAAUUGGAGCCGGUGGUCCCUGCAGCGGGCGGUCUUCGCGAUGCACGAAGGGAUACAGAGGACGUUCACGUCGGCCGACGACCUCCGCAAGCUGGACUACAAUGCCGAGAAGGACUACGUCAUGUUCCCGGGGGAGGAGAUCACUAUGGCCAGAGGCUACUCCAGCGUCGUCGACUCCCUCGCCUCCGCCCUCCCGGCCGGCAUGAUCCAGCUGGGCCGCCGGGUCGACACGAUCGAGUGGCGGGCCGGUCCUGCCCCCGGCCUCGAUGACCGGCCCGUGAAGCUCCGGUUCGCGGACGGGUCGGCCGUCACCGCCGACCACGUCAUCGUCACUGUCUCCCUCGGCGUCCUGAAACAGGGGAUCACCGGAGACUGCAGCCUCUUCAGCCCCCCGCUGCCGGAUUUCAAAACCCGGGCCAUCUCCCGGCUCGGCUACGGUGUGGUCGACAAGGUCUUCCUGAAGCUAGGCCCUGAAAUCGACAUCGACGGCGCCGCCGGCUUCCCUUACCUUCAGAUGCUCUUCCACCCGCCGGACUCCGAGCUACGGAGCCCCGAAAUCCCCGAGUGGAUCCGGAAAACGUCGUUCCUAAACCCGAUCUACGGCGGGGCCAGGGUGGUGCUGUCGUGGUUCACCGGCCCGGAGGCCCUAAAACUCGAGUCCCUGGACGAGGACGAGAUUAUCAGCGGCUUCGAAGCCACCGUCACGAACCUUCUCCCACCGGCAUCGAGACUGAAACCCUCGUCAUGCAACGGCAAUGGGAAUAUCCCGGCGGGGAACCGGUUGAAGUUCGAGAGGGUCUUGAGGACUCAAUGGGGGAGCAAUCCCCUGUUUCUCGGGUCGUACAGCUACGUGGCGGUGGGGUCGAGCAUAGACGAUAUGGACACCCUGGCAGAGCCGCUGCCAAAGACCGACGACGGCGGAGAUGAUUCGGAGGCACCGCUGCUGCAGAUUCUGUUCGCCGGUGAAGCCACGCACAGGACGCAUUACUCCACAACGCACGGGGCGUAUUUUAGCGGGCUUAGGGAAGCCAAUAGGCUUCUCAAACACUACAAUUAUAAUGUGUCCUUAUGA